UAUCGUUCUCUUUAUUUGUUUCAGCUUUGGGAUGUACCACGAUACGGCGAAAACGGGCUGCGAUCACCGAAUAGGGCCAAUAUUGCACAUCAUGACUCCCAGCUUCGAGGCUGAUACCAUGCAGGUUUCCUGGUCUAACUGCAGUCGACGGGAUAUCACGCAUUUCUUGGAUCUCGGUCUCGGUAAAUGCCUUGAAGACGCCCCCAGUCAGCAGGAAACGUACAGCUACCCGGACCUCCCGCCCGGUGCCAUGUACAAUGCCGAUUUCCAGUGUCGCCUGCAGUUCAACUCGACGGACGAGGAGAUGACCGUUUGCUCCAAACUGGACGAAAUCUGCGUACAGCUGUGGUGCUUGGUGGACGACGUCUGCAUGACCAUGAUGCGACCUGCUGCCCCUGGGACUCACUGCGGCAAACGGAAGUGGUGCCAAAACCAACAGUGUGUAGACGUUGAGGAUCCACCGCCACCGGUAGAUGGAGGCUGGGGUGAGUGGAAUACUUGGAGCGAGUGCUCUCGAGAGUGCGGAGGUGGAGUUGCCAAACAAACACGCGAAUGCGAUCAUCCUUCGCCUGCAAACGGUGGAUUGUUUUGCAUAGGCGAGCGUGCCCGGUACAAAACCUGUAAUACCGAUCCAUGUCCGAAAGAAGUCCCAUCGUUCCGGGCACAACAAUGCUCAGAGCACGAUAACGACACCGUCAAAGGCGAAAAGUACACCUGGCUGCCGUACUUUGAUAGAAGUGAGUAUUUUCUAACAAUUUCUUUCUGAUCAAAAUAGAAUCCC